AUGAUUAAAUUCCCUUCCCCACACGAUCGUGUACUUCCACAUAAAAUUAAAAUUACCUUUCCAGACGGCGGUUCAGCGAGAUCAGAUACUCUUGAUCGAGUAAUAGGCUCUCUCAUUGGAUUAGCCAUUGGUGAUGCAUUGGGGGCUAGUGUCGAAUUUCGUCCACACGAGUAUCUUCGACAUCAUCCUGUCACUGACAUGCAAAAAGGAGGGACAUGGGGUCUUAGUCGAGGUCAGUGGACGGACGAUACAUCAAUGGCUCUAUGUCUUGCCUCAUCGCUGAUUACGAAACGACGCUUCGACCCGUAUGAUCAAAUGGUUCGUUAUAAAUGGUGGUUUAAACAUGGUUUCCUCUCAUCGACUGGACAUUGUUUCGAUAUUGGUAGUGCUACUCGUCACGCACUUGACGAGUUUAGUCGUCGUCAAAAACUCCUACACAAAGUUUAUCAGUGCAGGACUGAAGAAGAAGCUGAUCGACUUUCGCUUGAGCAAGUGAAGGCCGUAAAAGAAUUCAGUCUGAACUGUAGUUCAGUGGGUGUCGCUGGAAAUGGACCACUCAUGCGCCUUGCUCCGGUUCCACUCUUUUAUUUUCGUUCUCCAAAUGAAGCCAUUGACUAUGCUGGACGCAGUGCUACACUAACACACGGUGACAAAAUAGCUUCUGAUGCUUGUCGAUACUACGCAGCACUUAUCGUCGCGGCCAUCCGAGGUGAGCCUAAAGAGCAAAUAUUAGCUGAUAGAUUUUACGAUGAUCAUCGAGAUUGGUUCGGAUCUAGUGAUCUUCAUCCAGCAAUACUUGAAGUAGCUAACGGGUCCUAUAAACGAGCAGGUGGUUAUAAUGAUGGAAUCCGUGGAAAGGGAUACAUAGUGAACUCACUGGAAGCUGCUCUUUGGGCCUUUUAUUACGAUGAGAAUUCAUUCAAGACAGGUGUUCUUUCGGCUAUUCAUCUUGGAGACGAUACUGACACAACAGCAGCCAUCUAUGGCCAGUUGGCUGGUGCUUACUAUGGCUGGCCAAUGAUUCCAGAAAAUUGGCGGAGACAGUUGUAUGCCAAUGAACUGAUUACUUGUAUUGGCCAUUGGUUACAUUAUCUUGGUGAACACCAGUCUCCUGUCGAGCAGCAAACACAAAGGGUGCGUGUACCAAGGGAAGUACCCGCCGCGAAUCAUCCAUUUCAACAUCAACAGCUACGUGCCAGGAAUUCUCUGCAAAAUGAAGCACAAAAAGCUACGGCUGCUACUGGCUUAAGCGGCUAUGGUACAGGUGCCCCUUGGUCAUACACUAAGCCGAACUCAAAAUUUGUUAAUCGACCCGAUCCGUAUGUUGCUCAAAAAUCAGGCAAUAAAGGUCGUACUAUCAACACAGAAAUAUCUUUGCACGGUAUAACUCCAACUGCAGGUUUACCCAGCCAUUACAAAACCGUUGGAGCAUUUGGUUAUGGUAUUCCGCCAAAUUAUUUUGGCAAACGUGCCAGCUAG